AAACUUGUUUCUUUUUUUCUUCUUCCUCGAGAGAUGGGUCAGAUGUCCUCAUAGCACUUCUUUUCUCCAGGCGGAUCAUUCAUAAAAACCACUAACCCCCCCCCACCCCCUCUCUCCAGCUGAAUUUUAGGCAGCUCAGAUGCGGUGCAGCUGCAAAACGCUCGAUCUCGAACCACUGGGCAGGAGCCGAGCGCAGGUUACUCACAUCCAAAUAUGCGCGUAAUUGGAGAGCGCUGGCGAGGCGUCCCUUGCACCUCCGUCGGGAUAACGUCGUGAUGUUCAAUACUUCAGGAAUUGAGCUCACUUUCAACAAGAAGGAGGAUAUUCCCGAAGUUACCAAUGGCACUCCGCAGCUUUUCUACAACGUCCUCGUCACCACCAGCCCCACAGCCAUGUGGAACGAGUCCUGCGGGGAGCAGCUGCUGAAUUUCGGGCGCCCGGAGAAGAUCUUCAUCGGGGUGAUGUUGGCGAUCAUCACCGCGGUCACCGUGAUGGGGAACACGCUGGUGGUGAUCGCGGUGUGCGUGGUGAAGAAACUGAGGCAACCUUCAAACUACCUUCUCGUGUCCCUGGCGGUGGCGGACCUGUCCGUGGCCAUAGUUGUGAUGCCGUUCGUGAUAGUGACAGACCUCACCGGGGGCAAGUGGCUCUUUGGAGAUUUCUUCUGCAACAUCUUCAUCGGCAUGGAUGUAAUGUGCUGCACUGCCUCCAUCAUGACCCUGUGUGUGAUCAGCGUGGACAGGUAUCUGGGGAUCACACGGCCUCUUACCUACCCGGCCCGGCAGAACGGCCAGCUGAUGGCCAAAAUGAUCCUGGGAGUGUGGCUGGUGUCAGCAUCCAUCACCCUGCCACCUUUCUGCGGCUGGGCCAAAAACGUCCACACAGCCGGCGUGUGCCUCAUUAGCCAAGACUUUGGCUACACCAUCUAUUCCACAGCAGUAGCCUUUUACAUCCCAAUGCUGGUCAUGCUGGUCAUGUAUUACAAGAUCUUCAGGGCAGCUCGGAAGAGCGGCGCCAAGCACCGCUUCACCGACCUUUCGCGCCGCGACCGCCUCGAAACGGUGGCUAAUGAGGCGGUGCGGAUGCAGGGCCUGAAGCCACCCGGCGUGGCGGAGGAGUGCGCCGCCCUGUCCCGCCUGCUGAACCGUGAGCGCAGGAACAUUUCCAUCUUCAAGAGGGAGCAGAAAGCCGCCACCACACUCGGGGUGAUCGUCGGCGUCUUCGCGGUGUGCUGGCUGCCUUUCUUCAUCCUGUCCACCGCCAGACCCUUUAUCUGCGGAGUGGAGUGCAGCUGCGUGCCCAUCUGGCUGGAGCGCACUCUGCUCUGGUUAGGCUAUGCCAACUCCCUGAUGAAUCCGUUCAUCUACGCCUUCUUCAAUCGAGACCUGCGCUCUACUUAUCGCGACCUUCUCCGCUGUCGUUAUCGCAACAUUAACCGUCGGCUGUCUGCCGUGGGCGUGCACGAGGCUCUCAAAGUGUAAAACGGGGCUGGUUCGGCAGUUUAUGUUGUGCUGUGCGGCGGCGGCGGCCUGUGCUCGCUCACUCGGCGCUGAGAGGGCGUCCUGUGCACAGCGGGCCUGUAGAUAAGACGCAGACUGACAGAAUGGGAGUCGCUGUUGGUGGCUCUCCGGCCUCUCCGCGAAGGCAAGAGAGACAGAACGAUCACUUCAGUGAGUGUGACUCAGUCAUUCUAUUUUUGGAAAGAAAAUCAUAGAGCAUUCUUGAUGGGCUAUUCAAGCCGACGCUGCUUUUGUGCAUAUGCCACAAAUUUCCGUCCUGGCUGUGGAUUUAUGGUGGGAUAAUGCAGUGACAAAGGAAUGACAUGUAAACACUAUCAAUCACGCUGGGGCUUUCAAAGACAAACAGAAAGCAAACAG